UAUCAUUUCAUCAACAGCAACUUUAUUUACAUAAAUCAUCCCAUUAGGGUCUUAGAGAUUAUCAUUAUUAUUGAAGUAUCAGUUAUCUACAGUUUUUUGUUAACUUACAAUGAAGUUCAUCAACGAAUUUGCUAAUAAACAACUGAAAUUUUUGGGAAAAUAUUUGUUGAAUAAUCGAAGAUGUUAUUGUAAUUCUCCAAAUAAUAUAUUGGAGGGUAUAAAAGUCAUAGAUAUGACACGAAUCAUAGCAGGACCUUUUUGUACAAUGAUUUUGGGGGAUCUAGGUGCCGAAAUCAUUAAAAUCGAAAAACCAGGUUCUGGUGAUGAAGCAAGAAAAUGGGGACCUCCAUUUAUCAACAACACUUCAGAAAGUUGUUAUUUCUUAUCUGUCAACAGAAAUAAAAAAAGUAUCUGUGUUGAUUUGAAAUCUCAAGAAGGAAAAGAAAUAAUAUAUGAGUUGGCAAAAUGUUCUGAUAUUCUUGUAGAAAAUUAUGUUCCAGGCACAUUAGACAAUUUAAAGUUGGGUUAUGAUGAUUUGAAAGGAAUUGCUCCACAACUAAUAUAUUGUUCUAUCACUGGAUAUGGUUCUAAAGGACCCUAUAUGAAAAGGCCUGGUUAUGAUGUUAUUGCUCAGUCAGUUGGAGGUUUAUUGAAUAUUACUGGACCAAUUGAUGGUGAGCCAGUAAAGGUUGGUGUUGCAGUUACCGAUAUAGCAACAGGCUUAUAUGCACAUGGUGCUAUUUUAGCAGCUUUAGUGCAUAAAACUAAAACUGGGAAAGGUCAGAAAAUAGAUUGUGACCUUUUGUCUACGCAAAUCGCAAGUUUAAUUAAUAUAGGAUCAAAUUAUUUAAAUUCUGGCAAAGAAGCACAAAGAUGGGGCACAGCUCAUGAAAGUUUGGUACCAUAUCAAAUGUUCAAGACUGCUGAUGGAUAUUUAACUGUAGGAGCCGGAUCUGAUCUUCAGUUUAAAGACCUUUGUGAAAAAAUUGAAAGAAAAGACCUAAGUUCUGAUCCUAAGUAUAAAUCAAAUGCCCUACGUGUUGAGAAUCGUAAGGAAUUAACAGGCAUUUUGGAAACAAUUCUGAGAACAAAAACUAACAAGGAAUGGAUGGAUAUAUUUGUAGAAAGCUCUUUUCCUUGCGGACCAGUCAAUAAAUUAAAUGAAGUUUUUUCUGAUCCUCAUGUACAAUCAAUAGAUUUGGUGAAAACUCUUGAACAUCCUAAAAUGGGGAAAAUCAAUAUUGUUGGACCACCUGUUAAGUACAGUGAUGCUUUAAAUGAAGUCCGAUCACCUCCUCCUUUAUUGGGUGAACAUACUGAAAAUGUUUUAAAGAAUUGUUUGAAAUAUAAUGAGGAAAAAAUUAAUCAUCUCAAAAGAAAAAAAGUAAUUCAACAAUAUUCUGAGUGAAGGAAGAGGAUCAUUUUUAUAUUAAAAUAAAAGCUACAUGGUAUCUUAUUUUCGGUGUAGUAUUUUUAUAUUUUAGUAUGCCUGCCCAGAAAGGUUUAACUUGAUUCAGAAUCGAUUUGGGAUAUACAAUUAGUAGAUAAUUCUUUUAACAAUCCUAGAUUACUAUUUUCAUUGUUGAGGUCAUAAUAAUUUUUUUUAUUUUGUUUUAUUGGAACAAGUCACCAUGUUUUAUGAAAAAUGAUUGUACUAUUCUUAUUUGAUAUAAUUAUACUAUAUUAUGUUGUACCUACAUGUUUUUUAUUGUUCAGGUAAUCAUAAUAGGAUCGAAUAACAAUUCAUUUACAUUGAUUGAAAAAUUGCCAUAAAAUCAAUUUUUUUUUUGAUUGAUUAUAUUCAUAAUAAACGUGUUACACUAUGCCUUUUUCAUGCCUAUGUUCACAUUGUUCAUAACUAUUUGUUGACUGAAUUUACUCAGAUGGUUGGCAUUCUUUUUCGACAAUUGUCUCAGGCUGUGAUUUCAAACCAGUAAAAAUAGAUAAAAGUGAUAUUUAUCUCAAGUUAUGGUGAAGAUUGAGCCCUUGUAGAUUUUUUUCUCUUUAAACCCAUAACGGACAAAAGUUAUAAUUAAUAUCAAGAUGAGAACUUUGAAUAUUGUAGUUCUCUAUAUGAUUGUUACAAUAUAUAAUUCCAUGAUUGUAUGUCAUCAUGUUUUCAAUAAAAUGGAUUUUUAAAAAUUU